GUUACAGUUAAACUAUCAAUCAAUUGCAACAAACAUGUUCAAGUUUAUCACAGUUCUCAUCUUUUCCAUCAUUGGUUUAGUUCUCAGCAAACCAAACCCACAAGUGAUUGUGAGCCCAGCAGUUGGAGUAGUUUCGCCUUAUGUUGUCAGCACAAGUUCUCAGUAUGUCGCAAGAAAUUUCAAUGGAUUAAGUGCUGCUUAUGUUGCUGAAGCUCCAGUCGUGUCAGCUUAUUCUGCAUAUUCAGCUUAUCCCUAUGUGUUCUAAACAACGAUGAGACAACGAAAUCUUUUUGAGGAUCAACUUUUGUUAAGUUUCAUGCAAAUGGAAAUAAAUUAAAAUUCUGCAAUCUGAUA